UGCGUUGCACCUCAACGAUCUCCUCCGAUCCCAUUUCUUUUCCAUCUCCAAAAGCCAGCGCGGCUAUGUGGAAUGAUGGCUUCUCUAAUCCUCCCACAGCCCCUCUUUUUCUCCGAACACACACCCUCGUCUUCUUCCCUUGAGUCUGUCCCUUGUUCAUGCACGUCCUUUGAUCCAUUGCCAUCAACAACAUCCCGAUUUAACAGGGGGGGGGAGAGAAAGAAGAGAGAGGUGGAGAGCCAGGGAGCUGAAGAUGUUGCGGAGAGCUGCGAGCAAUGCGUACUCGUGGUGGUGGGCGAGCCACAUCCGGACGAAGCAGUCGAAAUGGCUCGACAACAACCUCCAAGAGAUGGAUGAGAGAGUAAAAACCAUGCUUAAGUUAAUUGAAGAAGAUGCUGAUUCCUUCGCUAGGAGGGCAGAGAUGUACUUCAAAAGAAGACCAGAGUUGGUAAGCUUUGUUGAAGAAGCCUACAGGGCAUACAGAGCACUGGCUGAAAGAUAUGACCACAUUUCAGGAGAGUUGCACAAGGCCAACCACACCAUAGCUACUGCUUUUCCCGAUCAAGUCCAGUAUGCCAUGCUAGAGGAAGAGGAUGAGAAUUUUCCGAAAGCAAUCACUCCCAUUGAUCCCAGAAAAGUUCAUAAGCCAACAGUAGAUGGCUUAAUGAACAAAAGAAGAGAAAGCCAAUCAUCCCUAAAGAAGAUGCAGCAAAGGAGUGAUACUCCAUUGAACAAGGACAAGGCACAAGAAGAGAUAAGUAAGCUUCAGAAAACAAUCCUAGUUCUGCAGACUGAGAAAGAGUUCAUCAAAAGCUCCUAUGAGGGUGGAAUAGCAAAAUAUUGGGAGAUUGAGAAGAAGAUAACUGAGAUGCAAGAGGAGGUUUGCUGUUUGCAAGAUGAGUUCAGCACCAGUGCAGUUAUCGAAGAUAAUGAAGCCCGGGCCUUGAUGACAGCAACAGCCCUCAAAUCCUCCGAGGACGCAAUAUUCAGUUUGCAUGAACAGCAAAACAAAUCAAUGGAGCAAGCGAAGUUAGAGUCGGAAAGAAUUAAGGCUGCUAAAAAGAAGUUGAAGGAUUUUAAUGGCAGGUUAGGUCGAUUUCAGACUCUUACAGAGGAUUCUGAUGAAAAUCCAGAGAGAAACUCCAUCACAGUAAAUGUGGAGAAGGAGACUUGUGAUUUAACCGAUCGGAUAGAGUUGCAGUCACUGUGUGAGAAGGUUAAAGAAUAUCUUGAAAAGAAUCCCGAUAUUUCUGUAGAGGAAAUUGCAGAAAAAAUUGAUGAGCUUGUUAACAGAAUAACCAGUUUGGAACUCACAAUGUCAACACAAACUGCGCAGAUUAGUAGACUGAGUUCAGAAAACAAUGAGCUUGAAAAGUAUCUGCAGAGCUUGGAAGAGGAGAAGAUGAUUCUGAUUGAUGACUCUAAUGAAUUGACAAACAAGUUGAAGCAAGCUGAAGCAGAGCUAAAUAGAGUAGAGCCUCUUCAGAAAAAUAUCCAAGAAGAAGAAAUUAUUCUACUUCAGAAUUUUCGUGAAACCUACAAUAGCUUCAGGGAUAUUUCUGAAAAGCUGCAGGUCCCUUCACACCAAAAUGAUGCUCAUGCUGCCAGUGGAUCCAUGGAGGAUGACAUUUCCUCCUAUUGCAAUGAAGUGACAGAAUGUGAAGUUAAAGAAGUAACUGAAAUCCAUGAAAUAGUUGAUGAGAUUCAUGUUCAUUCUAUCAAUGAUGAUCACUCGCAGUUGGCUGCAGGCCCUGACAUCAGUAGCAAUUCCACAAACACUGAGGACCUAAACAAGGGAACUGAGUCCGCGGUACAAGAGUCAUCGCAAGCACAUGUUAGCAUUCACACAGGUACUAACCAAGAAACUCAACUUGGAGAGAAAGAGGAUUCUCUCGACUUGCAACAAUUACUUCUGAACACUUUAGAAGGUAGAGAAAAGAUUUUGUUAGCUGAGUACACGUCAAUCCUCCGAAGCUACAAAGAAACAAAGAAAAAGCUCUCCAAAGCGGAGAAGGAAACUGAAGAUUGUCUUGGUGAGAUGACAACACUGGUAAGGGAAUUGAAGAAUGCCAAUUCUGUGAAAGAUGAGGAGAUUCGCUUACUAAAACUACAGCUGGGUUCUUCAAAGACUAGUUCAGAUGGGAAGGUAGAUGCCCCAUUUGGAAUCGAAGAUUGUCGGAACGGUCACCAUAAACCUGAAAGUAUGUCAUGCUUCCCCACAUUCAUCCUAGAGGAACCAAACCCUGAGUGUUCUCAGGUUACAAGAGGUGGUGUUGCAGACACAGGAAGUCCCCUUGCAGAAGACAGCAAUUUGCAGCAAAUUGGUGAACCAAAAGGCACUUCACCCAUUGAAGAAAGGUUCAGAAGAGAUAUAGACGAACUACUUGAGGAUAACUUACAGUUCUGGCUAGGGUUCAGUGCAUCAUUGCAUCACAUACAAGAACUCCAAACCAAAUUUGAAGACCUACAAAUCAGUGUUGAGAAGAUGAAGGCUAGUAGUAUAAGCCAAGAAGGAAGCAACAGUGAUCAGGUUCCGCAACCAGAGUCUGCAUCUACUGUUGCACAGCUCAGAGCAUUGAAGAGUGAACUUCAAGUAUGGCUGGAAGGAAGCACAUUGUUAAGAGGUGAACUGCAAAGCAGAUUCUCAUCGCUUUGCGGCAUACAGGAGGAGAUCGCUGGGGCUGUAAAGGCAGGAACACAAUGUGAAGAUCUCCAAUUUACUCCCUACCAGGCUGCAAAGUUUCAGGGAGAGGUUCUCAACAUGCAACAGGAGAACAACAAAGUCGCUAAUGAGCUGCAGGUCGGAGUAGGUCAUGCAAAGCGUCUUCAAGCUGAAGUUGAGAGAGAAUUAGCCAAACUUCAUGUGCAUCCUGAAUGGUCUGGAUCCAGAAGCAGCCAUACUCAACCCUUGAAGCACUUCUCAAGUAAGGCCAGAAUACCACUGAGGUCCUUCCUUUUCGGUACAAAAUCUAAAAAGCAAUCAAUAUUUGCAUGCAUGAAUCCAGCAUUUCAGCGACAUUACAGUGAUCUGAGGGCUGGGUUUCGUUAAACCGAUGAAAGGAAUCUUUCUUUGUAGUUAUAAUAACAUUUAAGGAGCUUAUGCUCUAAUCUUCUGUAAGAAAAUUUUUGAUUUA